AUUUGAAUCGGUACAGCAGGAACUAAGCAAUGCCACAGCACAAAACAAAGAGUUGCAGAGAGAGAUGGAGCGAUUGCAGUCUGAGGUGACAAGGUUCAAAACAAUGCAGCUGAAAGCAACAAAGGAUGCAGAAAAAUACAAGGAAGAAAGGGAUUCAGUUUUCAAUGAAUACCGCCUUAUCAUGAGCGAGAGAGAUCAAGUAAUCAAAGAAGUAGAUAAGCUUCAGACAGAGCUGGAGCUUGCGGAGUCCAAACUGAAGAACACUUCUUCUGAGAAGCGAGUGGCUAGUGAAGAGAUGGAAGCUUUAAGACAGGAGCUAAACUCAGCUCUAGUGGAAAGAGAUCGAGCAAUUUGUGAGAGGAAUGAGUUACUGGAGAAAUACUGUCAUGAAGUGAAGGACAAAGCUGAGGCCCAGAAGGAGCUUGACCAAGCUUGCAAGGAUAUAGAGACAGUGAAGGAAGAAAGAGAUGUUGCCAGGAAAGAGAGAACAGAAGCUAUCAUCCAGAGAGACCAUCUACUAAGGGAGUAUUACCAAGCCCGUCAGAUUCAAGAUUCUGCAACCUUAGACAUAGAAAGAGCAAACAAAGAAAUUGAAAUGCUUCGGAAACAGUACGAGGCAAUGUCUCAAGAACUGAAGGAAGCCAUCCAGGAAGCAGAAGUAGCCAAAUGUAGGAGAGAUUGGGCCUUUCAAGAGCGAGAUAAGAUUGUUGCAGAAAGGGAAAGUAUCCGGACUUUGUGUGACAACUUAAGGAGGGAGAGAGACCGGGCUGUGAGUGACUUGGCUGAAGCUCUUCGCAAUCUGGAUGACAUGAGAAAGCAGAAAAAUGAUGCUGUUCGUGAACUAAAGGAACUGAAGGAGAAAAUGGAGAAUCAGUUGGAAAAGGAGGCCAGAUUCCGUCAGUUGAUGGCCCAUAGUUCCCAUGACUCAGCCAUAGACACAGACUCUCUGGAAUGGGAAACAGAAGUGGUAGAAUUUGAAAAAGACAGAGAUGAUAUGGACUUGAAGGCCCUUGGUUUCGAUGUGGCAGAAGGUGUGAAUGAACCAUACCUCCCCGGAGACUGUGGAAUCUUCGUUACCAAAGUAGACAAAGGAAGUAUCGCUGAUGGCCGAUUAAGAGUGAAUGAUUGGUUGCUGAAAAUAAAUGAUGUGGAUCUUACUAAUAAAGAUAAAAAGCAAGUUAUAAAAGCUGUUCUAAAUGGAGGAGGUGUUAUUAACAUGGUGGUUCGAAGAAGGAAGUCCUUAGGUGGGCGAGUGAUAACACCUCUUCACAUCAACGUUUCCGGACAUAAAGAUAGUGGGGUCAGUCUAGAAAAUGGAGUAUUUGUUGCUGCUGUUGUCCCUGGAAGCCCAGCUGCCAAAGAGGGUUCCCUUGCUGUGGGAGAUAGGAUAAUUGCUAUCAAUGGCAUUGCACUAGAUAAUAAGUCGCUUACUGAAUGUGAAGCUUUGCUACGAAACUGUAGGGAUUCACUUACCCUGUCACUGAUGAAGGUUUUUCCUCAGAGUUCAUCAUGGAGUGGUCAAAAUAUAUUUGAAAAUCUGAAGGAUUCAGACAAAAUAUCAAACUGUAGGAUUCACACAUCAGAGAUACAAGCCCAAAAUAAAAGAAAUCUGAGGCUCAACAGUUCAACUCAGACUGACAUUUUCAAUCCAGACAUCAUGGACAGCAAGAAAGCCCAGAGUGACCAGGGCAACGGUUCAUUCUGUGAUCACAAACCUUUCCCUAAUAACACAGUACGAGUAGACUCUCGCGGGAACACAGUGCACAGUUGCCACAGCAAUUCAGAACACAGUCUCAGCUCCUUCAGCCCAGAGAUGUAUGGGGACCGAGGCUACGGAGCUGUUGACUUGGACAACAGGAGGCUGCCCUACGAACCUACGGGAGCUGACUGCGUGAUGGUCGAGACUGCGUUUGACAAAGGGCAUGGAGCUAAGCACAGUGGUGGUACCUGGCCAAAAGUCAUGGUUAACAUCUCAGCAACAGAAACGGAAAAGUUCUCUGUGUACAAAAAGCCAAAACAAAGGAAAUCUAUCUUUGAUCCCGAUACUUUCAAAAGACCGCCAACUCCUCCCAAACUGGAGUACCUUUCCCCUAAUCAGGCGACAGGCCAUUCCCCUCAGCCAUCAAAAGCUGAAGUGGCUUCAACUCCUCCGACUCCUCCUAAGAGGAGUGACUCUAUAAAAUUUAAACAUAAACAGCAGGCGAGCUCUGCAUCGGAGUCUACAGUCACAACUGGAUCACCACCCACCAGCCCAGCCACUGCCCAAGCUCCAAUUUCCUUGGCACUUAAACAGGACUCUGCUACUCUCAGGAAUGCUGGGCAUUAUUAUCGGGAGGAGGGAAUUGACUGCACUCACCUCUCCUCAAGGAAAUCCUGUGAAGAUGACAUUGGCUUUCAAAGGGUUGAAGAGCCAGAGAUUAAAAGACCAAGGCCAAAAUCAGCUCCUGCUCUGAGGCAUAAAAUAACCCCUAUGCCCAUUCCUAAUCCUGCGCUUCAGGUGCAAAAGUAUGCUCCAACUAGUGAGGAACAUCUGUCUCCAGAGCUGCAGGAAUGGCCACCAUACUCACCAAAACGGUCUGCCAGGCACAGCGAUGGCUUUGUGCCUGCUGCCUUAUACACCGGCGGUAUGUCAGCAGGUACAGUACCAAGGAGCUUAGCACCAUGCCCUGCAGUAACUGCUGUCAUGAGAAAUCCUAUUUAUACUGCCUGGAGCCAUAGAGUUCACACCAGCAAUUGCCCAUCAGUCGCCAGCCAAAUAUGCCAUCAGCACCUGCAUCCCAGUUCCCAGCAUCAAGGUCGCCUGAGUUUGGACCUAAGUCAUAAACACUCCAGUGACUACUCUGAAAAUUCACGUACAAGAGCAUCUCAUGGCUCGAAUUCAUUACCAUCCAGUGCAAGACUUGGUUCUUCAAGUAACUUGCAAUACAGAACAGAACGAAUUAAGAUCCCCUUAACACCAAGAUAUCCAAGGUCCAUGAUGGGCUCUGACAGAGGCUCCUUGUCACACUCUGAAUGUAGCAGUCCCAGCUUGAUAACUCCUCCACAGUCACCUCUUAACUUGGAAACAUCUUCCUUCGCCAGCAGCCAGUCUCAGAACUCCCUUUCUACGUUACCUAGGAUUUCCAUUAGUCCAGUAUCUAUUGGAGAACGUAGAAAAGAUAGGCCCUACAUGGAAGAGCCACGUCAUGUUAAAGUGCAGAAGGGUUCUGAGCCACUAGGGAUUUCCAUUGUGAGCGGAGAAAAUGGUGGAAUAUUUGUCUCUAAAGUAACAGGUGGGAGCAUUGCCCAUCAAGCUGGCCUUGAGUAUGGUGACCAGUUACUAGAGUUUAAUGGAAUAAAUUUGAGAAAUGCUACAGAGCAACAGGCUCGACUAAUCAUUGGACAGCAGUGCGACACCAUUACUAUUCUGGCUCAGUAUAACCCGCAUAUGUAUCAGCUUGGCAAUCAUUCACGAUCAAGUUCUCGUCUAGAACCUGUGAGUAAUCAUUCCACCCCUCAAGGCAGCGGAGCUGCAACGCCUGACAAUCAUUCUGUAAUUGAUACUGUGAGUGAACAGGAUGAAGGAACAAUGACACCCCCAUCCAAACAAACCACGCCAACUACAAGUCCCCGAAAUUCCUUAAGGGGCCCUGUGGACACCAACAAAAGGACCCCUGAACCUCGAACUGUUGUUAUUAAAAAAUCCCAAGUGGAUCUUGGGAUCCAGAUAUGUGGUGGAAACCUGUAUGGAAUAUUUGUCUCAGAUGUAGAUGAUGAUAGCCCAGCAAAAGGACCUGAUGGACUAGUCUUGGGUGACAUGAUACUUGAGUAUGGGUCCAUUGAUAUGCGAAAUAAAACAGCUGAGGAAGCUUAUCUUGAAAUGUUGAAGCCUGGAGAAAACAUCAAAAUAAAGACUCAAUACAGAAUAGAAGAGUUCAAUAAGAUAAAAGAGCUUCCUGGAGAUGGAUUCUAUAUCAGAGCACUUUAUGACCGUUUGGCAGAGGUGGAACAGGAUUUAAGCUUUAAGAAGGAUGACAUUUUGUAUGUUGAUGACACUUUACCACAGGGAAACUUUGGUUGCUGGAUGGCUUGGCAGCUAGAUGAGAAUGCACAGAAGCUGGAAAGAGGACAGAUUCCAAGUAAAUAUAUGAUGGAUCAGGAAUUCUACAGGAGACACAGCAUGUCAGAGGCUAAAGAUGAGAACAGCUCAUCUAAAACGUUGUCAGCAGCAGCACGGAGGUCAUUCUUCAGACGAAAGCAUAAACACAAGCGAAGUGGUUCCAAGGAUGGAAAGGAUUUGCUGGCUCUUGAUACAAUCAGUACAGACUCAAUUCCUUUCUUGGAUGAUUCUGCAAGUCUGGCGUAUCAGCGUGUACAGAAAGUGGACUGUACCUCUCCUAGGCCUGUCCUUAUUCUAGGACCUUUACUUGAUGCUGUGAAAGACAUGUUGGUGAAAGAAUCCCCUGGAAAAUUUUGCAGGUGUCCUCUUGAGGUUAUGAAAGCUUCCCAACAAGCCAUUGAACGGGGGGUGAAGGAUUGUCUCUUUAUUGAUUAUAAACGGAGGAGUGGACACUUUGAUGUGACAACUGUAGCUUCAAUAAAAGAGAUAACGGAGAAGGAUUGUCAUUGUCUGCUUGACAUCGCUCCUCAUGCCAUCGAACGGCUCCACAGUGUUCAUAUCUACCCUAUUGUAAUUUUUAUUCGCUACAAAAAUGCUAAACAAAUCAAAGAGCAAAAGGACCCGAUAUUCCUGAGGGACAAAGUUACACAAAAACAUUCCAAAGAACAGUUUGAGACAGCUCAGAAAAUAGAACAAGAGUAUAGCAAGUACUUUACAGGCAUUGUCCAGGGAGGAGCCCUUUCAAGCAUUUGCACUCAGAUUAUGACAACUGUCGAUCAAGAACAAAACAAAGUCCUGUGGAUCCCAGCUGGCCCGCUGUAGAUUUAUUUCGCUGUGAAACUGCUUUGCAGAUGUAAAUAACCAACUAACUCUAUCCAACGGACUCUGUCCAUUUCUGUUUUUAUAAAGAUAGCCGUAAGUGAUUCCUGUUUCAUGAAGGCGAAUGAUAACACUGAACAUGCAAGGACCUGACAAGGCACGUGGGAAGGGGUAGAUCACUUCACCGAGCUUAUCUCUUAACGCUGUACAUGUACACGUGACAGGUUGCCACGAGGGGUUGUGACCUGCGUGUGCUUGUGCACAAGUAAUGGAUUUAACAAUGCUGCAAAACCCUGUAGAACGACAAGUUUACAAAAAACCUUUUCAAAGUAUUUGGUUGUUGCUGUUUACUUGAAUGUCCUUUUCUUUGUUUUUGUUUUGUUUAACUCUGUGUCUUUUCACUUAAUGAGGUAACUCUCCAAAAUGGAGUGAAAUUUCUCAAUGUGAGUGAGUGGUUUUGGCGCAAUGUGACUUUUAGUUGCAAUUUUGACCAUAUCUAAGCACAUUGUUGACUUGACAACCAAGUGAUAAUGUGGGAUCGAAUCGGUACGUCUUGGGAGUAAGCUCAGAAGGAAGUACACUCCUCUACAGGGCAGACCACUGUGUGUAUCCUGUCAACACUUGUCUGUCAAAGAUAUCGUUUCUUGUUUUAUGCAUGAAUCUAAUAUUUAAGCGUCAUAAUAUAUCUGAACAAUCCAAGCUUACCGUGUGUUGAGAAAUA